GAACGAACUUGUACAAAUUCACGGCGGAGAACAUGCUCUUUGAAUUCUAGCGAAAAUCGGGAAGCGCAGGGGAUGGGGGAGUCACAUGACGAGAUAAAGCUUAUUUUGGGAAGGUUAGGCGAACAUGUGGCCACUCGUGAACGCUUCUUGAUUUGAUUUCCACCGCUUGCGGUCUGCGGAGUGGCACUCAAACGACUGAGCUGUGGAUACUGAUCGACGAUCACUGUCCAAGGACCAAGAGAGCACCCCCUGCCUGCUGCCGGGGCGACGCUGAGUCAUUCAUCAGCGGGAUCAAGUUGAUCAAAGUGCGCAAUGGCGCCUUCGCUUUGCUGUUCGAGAGUGGAGAAUGCCUUCUUCUCUUCCGCGCUAUUCAAGCUGAAGAAGCAGCAAUCCGGUGUUGCUACUACUGCCAGGAAUGGCAGCAUCGCGUGGCUCGCUUCUUCUCCGUCCUCCAGAAUUUCUCUUUCUGGAGCUUCAUUAUAUCAGUCGACCUCGCGAGCUCGUUCGUUCUCCGUGAGAGCGGCCUCUCAAUCUUCUCCUGCCGCCGUCGCCGAACCGGAAGGGAUCAAGAUUAAUUCAGUGCCGACGAAGCCAAUUGAAGGUCAAAAGACGGGAACUAGUGGUCUUCGAAAGAAGGUAAAAGUGUUCAAGGAAGAGAAUUACCUAGCCAAUUGGAUUCAGGCAUUGUUCAAUUCAUUGCCUCCGGAGGAUUACAAGAAUGGACUAUUGGUACUAGGAGGGGAUGGUCGUUACUUCAACAUAGAAGCUGCACAGAUAAUCAUUAAAAUUGCAGCUGGAAAUGGUGUUGGCAAGAUUCUGGUUGGCAAGGACGGUAUCCUAUCUACACCAGCUGUCUCUGCUGUUAUCAGGAAAAGGAAGGCAAAUGGUGGAUUUAUAAUGAGUGCAAGCCAUAAUCCUGGGGGCCCUGAAUACGACUGGGGCAUCAAGUUUAACUACAGCAGUGGGCAGCCUGCCCCGGAGUCGAUCACUGACAAGAUCUACGGGAAUACUCUUUCUAUCUCUGAUAUAAAGACAGCUGAGAUUCCUGAUACUGACCUGUCUCGUCUCGGAGUUACAAAGUACGGAAGCUUCUCUGUUGAAGUAGUAGAUCCAGUUUCGGACUACUUGGAGCUAAUGGAGAAUGUAUUUGAUUUUGAACUCAUCAAAUUUCUCGUUUCACGUCCUGAAUUCAGUCACACUAAUGAAGUCUUCUGGAAUGCAUCACUCAAGGCAAACUGUGGUUAUUUGGCAUCAAAAGUUAUUAGAACCGUCUGCCAUCUAUUCUGCACAUGCGUGACUCUGUUUCAGUAGUGAUACUCUACAAACCUGUAUUUGUAUUUCAAACUCUAUUUAACCAAGUAUUCACUUUUCAGGUUCACAUUUGAUGCAAUGCAUGCUGUUACUGGUGCUUAUGCAAAGCCAAUCUUUGUGGACAAGCUAGGAGCCAGUGCGGAUUCAAUCAUGAAUGGUGUUCCUCUUGAGGAUUUUGGACAUGGUCAUCCAGAUCCAAAUCUCACAUAUGCCAAGGAGUUGGUUGACAUCAUGUAUGCUGAAAAUGGACCUGAUUUUGGAGCUGCUAGUGAUGGGGAUGGGGAUCGGAACAUGGUCCUUGGCAAAGGUUUUUUUGUUACUCCUUCAGAUUCAGUUGCUAUAAUUGCAGCUAACGCCCAAGAAACCAUCCCUUAUUUCAAGAGUGGUCCUAAGGGUUUAGCUCGUUCAAUGCCUACUAGUGGUGCUCUUGACCGUGUGGCUGAGAAGUUAAAUCUUCCAUUUUUCGAGGUACCCACUGGUUGGAAAUUUUUUGGCAACCUUAUGGAUGCUGGGAAAUUGUCAGUCUGUGGAGAAGAGAGCUUCGGAACUGGUUCAGACCACAUUCGCGAGAAAGAUGGAAUUUGGGCGGUGUUGGCCUGGCUUUCAAUUAUUGCCUACAGAAACAAAGACAAGAAACCAGGGGAGAAGCUCACCUCAGUUGCUGAUGUUGUCAAAGAGCACUGGGCUACAUAUGGCAGAAACUUCUUCUCUAGAUACGAUUAUGAGGAGUGUGAAUCUGAAGGCGCCAACAAAAUGGUUUUGGUACAGUCUCUGAAACCAUGUUUGGACCGCCAUUCAAUUUGCUGCUGUGCCACAGGAAGCUACGUGCUGAAAUUUGCAGACGACUUCUCGUACACCGACCCAGUUGACGGAAGCGUGGCAUCGAAGCAAGGUGUUCGGUUUGUCUUCAGCGACGGAUCACGCAUCAUCUUCCGUUUAUCAGGAACUGGAUCCGCAGGAGCGACCGUAAGAGUCUACAUCGAGCAGUUCGAACCGGACGUCUCGAAACACGACGUGGAUGCACAGACAGCGCUGAAGCCUCUAAUAGAUCUGGCACUCUCCUUGUCGAAGUUGAAAGACUUCACCGGGAGAGAAAAGCCCACCGUCAUCACAUAAAAAGCGCAAGCAAUCAAGCCCGCCAGGCCCAAGUCUCGAGCCAUAAAAAAGGCUUUUUUUUUUGGCUGUACGGUAUUAUUAAUUAAUUAGUUAGGAAAAAGCGGGCUUUCCUUUCCUUCAAUGUCAAGCAAAAAAGACAGACAACCUCCGAUCUUGUACCUGGUAAUGAGUGGCAUAGAAAGGGCAGGACGGGGCAAGUGGGUAGGGUUUCCUUUCUCCCAAUUGAAGAGAUAAAGUGCUUCACAAUAUCACCACGACGCUUGAUUGGGAAUCAAAUUGAGUUGAGAGUGGGGUGAGAAGGAAAGAAGAGAUGGAUAAAAGGUGGUGUAGUUUAUGGUGAGUGACCGUGUCGCCACUCUGAAUCGGCAAUUGGGUGAGAAUUAUUAGGUAAUAACAUCUCCAAAAUGCAUCGAGAGGAUGAGAAAAAUGUUGUAAAGCAGCAAUAAUGUUCAGCCCUGAAACAGUACGCACACAGUGCGGUGAUCUCAGCGUCGGGACCAAAAUAGCAGCUGCAAAACAAGAAAGGAAGGCAGGAGACCCUACACUCUCAUAGUGGCCGAAUUCUUUGCAAUAGCAUCAUACUAAUCAUGAGUAGUAGUAUGAAAGAUAACAACACUAAGCAUGAUGAUAUUUAGCAAACUGACCGAGGCGCGGUUGGGAGCAAAAGGGUCCAAUGGGAGGAGGAAGGCCCGACCGAGUGUUGUGGGGGCUGAGUGCGUGAUCAAUUACGACAAAGCACAACUAUCCAUCCAUCCAUCCAUCAACAUAGUAAUAAUGGAACCACCAACCCACGAGCACACACACGAUUCCUGUCCUUGGUCCUUGGAUCGUUUCUUCUUGUUGUUUUUGGUCCUUUCAGUCUUGUCUUGA